AUGGCAGGACCUGCCAGCGUUGGAGCGCUCGGUCGCCUGCCAUCAUCGAUACGAGCAAGGGCAUACGCAACUGCAGCUGCUGGACUUGGCCAUGCGGAUGCGUCACAGAGAACCUUCCCACCUCCCUGGAGGCCAUCGACUAUUCUGGACGACUGGAUUCAGCGCGAAGCAAGGCCCGUCAGUUUACGGCAGCUCACUUUCUUCGGUCGAAGCCUGACGGAAGACCGCCUGAUCACCUCUGCCAACUAUGCCCGUCUUGAACUACCGACACGUAUCGCGCACAGAUUGCGUAACAUGCAGACGCUUCCAUACUCGGCAGUCACAAAUCAGCACAUCAGCCAUGUCUAUGAGCUGUACUACCAAGCUUUUGAACGAUUCCGGAAAGUACCCGAAGUAAGCACGCUGGAGGACAACGACAAGUAUUGCGAAGUGCUGAAGCAGACGCUGAAGGAGCACAUGACUGUGAUACCGAGGCUCACCAUGGGCAUUCUGGAAAUCCAAGACGCGGUCCCAGGCGAAGAAUGUGAUCGCUUCAUGACCCAUCUACUUCGUUCUCGCAUCAGUCGGAGAGUCAUUGCAGAGCAACAUCUGGCAUUGACAGAGACCUUCCACUCGCCGUGGCACUUUCCCGAUGCCAAGAAGACUGGAGGCGCUGAAGAUGAGUUCGUUGGAGAGAUCUUCCUCAAGUGUAACGCUAAGGAGAUAAUCGAGAAAUGCGCUGCUACCGCAAGAAAGCUCUCUCAGCAGGCUUAUGGUCCACAUGUGACUAUCCCGGAGAUCGUGUUGCAAGGCCACAUGAACACAACUUUCCCGUAUAUCCCCUCUCACCUCGAAUACAUACUUGGAGAGCUACUCAGGAACAGCAUACAAGCUAUGGUCGAGCAGAGAGGACUCAAAGACCCACCACCGAUCGAAGUCCUGGUGUGCGAAGCAGCGCAGCAUGUUAUCAUCCGCGUAUCGGACCAAGGUGGUGGUGUCGAUCGAGAAGUUCUGCCUUAUCUGUGGUCGUUUGCCAAAGGACCUCGACGGCACAACAGGCUUGAGAAUCUCGGAAAGGUGCCUCGUCUUGCGGCGACGAUGCAGGAGGUACAAGUGCCAUGCUCAGCCGUGGAUGUUAGCAGCAGACCGCAGGAAAAGCGACCUGACGCGUCUUUGGCCUCACUUUCAGGACGGCCACCAGAUCUGAAGCUAGGCAUGGGCCUACCGAUGAGCAAGAUCUAUGCUGAAUACUGGGCUGGUAGUCUGGAAGUUCAUAGCUUGGAAGGCUAUGGUUGCGAUGCUUUCUUGCAGAUCAGCAGGUUGGGCAACAGGAAUGAGACGCUCAGUACGCGGGCGGCGAUGGACGCUGUGUGA